UAGCUCUACUGCUAUAUUCAUGGGGCCUCGGCAUUAGAUAUCUCUCUCUCUAUCUCUCUCUCUCUCUCUCUCUCUCUCUCUCUCUCAUCAGGAAGACAGGAACUUUUCAUAAAUAUAUAUAUAAUAUCUAAUAUCUCCAUCUCUCUCUUUGAUUAUAUGUUGUUGUGGUUCUAACUUGCCAGCUAGGGUUUCUGAUCAAUGAGGAAGCCUUGUUAUGAGAAGUAUGAGAUAAACAAAGGAGCAUGGUCUAAGCAAGAAGAUCAGAAACUCAUUGACUACAUCCAGAAACAUGGCGAAGGAUGUUGGAAUUCUCUUCCUCAUGCUGCAGGGUUGAGUCGGUGUGGUAAAAGUUGUCGACUGAGGUGGAUAAACUAUCUAAGGCCAGAUCUUAAACGCGAAAGUAUUCGAGAAGAUGAAGAGGACCUCAUCAUCAGGCUUCAUGCGCUCCUUGGGAAUAGGUGGUCACUGAUAGCCGGAAGACUGCCGGGAAGGACGGACAAUGAGGUGAAGAAUUACUGGAACACUCAUAUAAGGAAAAAGUUACUAAAGAUGGGAAGUACUCUUGAUCCCAAAAAACCCCAUCACCACAAUGAUCCUCACUUGAGAAAAGGCACUACUGCUACUGUGCCACUACUGCAGCCUGAUACCAGUUCACCAAUAUCAUUUGCGUUAUCGUCGUCAGAUUCCAUGAGUACUGGUGCUGAAAUUCACAGCAACAAAAGCGGGUUGCCUGACCUGAAUCUCGACCUCUCACUCUAAUUGUUUGUGGAAGAGUGGCAGAAAAGUAUAUGAUAUAUCUAGACUUAAACAAAAAAGUGUCAUAUAACUAUAGUGUCUAGUUUAAGUAUAUACACCCCACCACCUCCAGGGCUUCUUUUAGACAAUGGUGCUUGAGUACGUGGUUUGGCUUUAAAUAUGACUAGUCUGGUCGACUAGUAUAAAGGUGUGUACGUAAUUAAUUUGGACAUAGCUAGUUAUCACUGUGUGUAUAAUUGGAAAUUUGGCAUGCACAUGACUGCUAAGAUCCUAGUUGUAUAUGUGUAUAGCUAGCUAGGUAGGUAUGAGUUUGCCCAAAUCUCUCUUGCGCUGACUCUGUUGGAAAAGUUAGAUAUUAUAUAUAUAUAUAUAUAUACACAAUAUCAGUUAUAAUAUUUGAAACCCCUUGAAAGAGGUAAGGGUUCAUCUCUUGUCGUACCUCCCCGUUUCAGUAAUGAGAAAUGCUUGAUGUUGGAAUUUGAAGGGGAAAAGUUUGUCCUAUACUAUAUGUAUGAUGAAAUGUAUUUCGUUUUGAUUACGAAAUAUAUUGAUUGAGAUUUAUAUUGCGAUAGUAUAUGCAACUGGUUUGGCAAUA